UUUGCUGGAACUGGGAUUCCAUCCGUCACCGUCACUGUCCGCUCGCCGCUAUAAAGCCACGCCAUGGCUUCACUCUUUCUUCGCCAUUGAUUCAAACGCAGAGAGAGAUCGAGCUCUGGUUUCUGCUUUCUUUGCAUCGUUCUGUGAAUUGGCUAGUGAGUUUGAUCAGAGAAGACGAGAGAAGAUGAAGCAUAAUGUGGUGGUCUCGGAAAGCAAAUCGGGGAUUGACAUAGCCAUAACGAUGGCGGUGUCCACGGUGCCGCCGCCUCCGCCGCCGGGAGGAAGUUUCAUCUCCAUUUCAAAGAAGCUGCUCCACAACAUUGAAUCCAAUAAUGGUUCUCCCAAACUCACCGCCUGGGUUGACUCCAUGAGAGCUUCUUCUCCGACCCAUAUCAAAGCCACACCUUCUGUCCCUCAAGACGGAACCUCUUUCACUCUCAAUCAACCAUCGGCUCUGGAAAUGUUCGAGCAGAUAACGAGUGCUUCCAAGGGGAAGCAAAUAGUGAUGUUUCUCGACUACGACGGCACCCUCUCCCCCAUCGUCGACGAUCCUGAUCGAGCUUUCAUGUCUGAAUCGAUGAGGAAAACGGUGAGAAAACUCGCCAGAUAUUUUCCCACGGCCAUCGUCAGUGGCCGGUGCAGAGACAAGGUGUAUAGCUUUGUAAGGCUAGCAGAGCUGUACUACGCCGGAAGCCAUGGAAUGGACAUCAAAGGCCCCUCGAAGGGUUCCAAACACAACCCUGGAGCUCAAGCUGUUCUCUUCCAACCCGCCAGUGAAUUCCUGCCCAUGAUCAACGAGGUUUACGAAGCAUUGUCGGAGAAGACUAAAUCCAUUCCAGGUGCCAAGGUGGAGCACAACAAGUUCUGUGUCUCUGUGCACUUCCGCUGUGUGGAUGAGGAGACAUGGAGUGAUCUGGCCCAGCAGGUCAGAUCAGUUCUGAAGGAGUACCCAAAGCUUCGAUUGACUCAAGGAAGGAAGGUAAUAGAGAUCAGGCCGACAAUUAAAUGGGACAAAGGGAAGGCCCUUGAAUUUUUGUUGGAGUCCCUUGGGUUUGGCAACUGCAGUGAUGUCUUUCCUGUUUACAUCGGAGAUGAUCGAACGGACGAGGAUGCAUUCAAGGUUUUGAGAGAGAGAGGACUAGGCUCUGGGAUUCUUGUUUCCAAGAUCCCCAAGGAAACCAAUGCAUCUUACUAUUUACAGGAGCCUUCUGAGGUGAUGGACUUCUUGCAGCGGCUGGUGCGAUGGGGAAUGGUUUCAUUGCGGCGUCAGUUGAGGGUGAGAAGAAGACUUGAGGAGAUUAACAAGUUAUCUCUGCAUAAUUAAGCAUUAUAUAUAAUUAAUGCCUAAUCCAGCGAGCACUAAGUUUAAUUAAUUAAUCUCUUGUUCCUAUAUUAUAUGAAAAAGAAAAGGGGCAAGAAAACAAAAAAGGGGAAAACAAAAGAAGCUUUUGGAUCCCCCUUGUCUUUUUCAACACCUUGUAUCCAUCUAUGUACAAGCAAAAAAGUUUCCAACUUUCCAGCCA